GUGUGUGGUGUGGGAGAGUGUUGCUGUCACCACACUGUGUCCUUGUGGGAACAGGGUCAUUGUUUACUGUUUUCCUGCAGGCUACCCAGGUGCUUGUUGACACUUAUUGGGUACUGUUGGCUUCUUCUCCCUGGCCGAAUUAUAUUUCACAGUAUGUCAUUAGAAUGGGAUGAAUAUUCACGGGAAUUUUUCAUUUGGUUGUUGUAAUGCGAAAUAUGAGAAGCAUCAGGCGCACAUGACGCGGUAAUGAUGGACCUUCCUCAGCCCUUACCUGCUGUUAAUUUAAAGCGUAAUUCACCGAAACUCAUCCAUUUCACAGGUGGCAUGAUGGCAGGCAAUGAGGAGCGGUGGCGUGAGGGGUUAGGUGCCACUGCUGGGGCCCUUGGACAUCUUCUGGAGCGAAUGACUAAUGACUUCACACCUCAGCACGAUUCCCAGCACUACCAACCUGGCUUUGUACCUUCAGCAUCUCCUCCCUGGACUAAUUCUGGACAGGCUCCAUUAACAAGUCUGGGAUCACACACAAGCCUUGCCUCUCAAAUUCCUCCUCUGCAAGUAAACCACGGCAGCCUUGGCUCACAAGUUCCUACUAUGCAAUCAGCUCACAGUAACAUUGGGCCUCAAAUAACUCCAUUACAGCCUCCAACCACAAGUGCUCCUGGGGCCAUGCCUCCUGGUCCACAACUCACAGGAUCUUCAGCCAGGAGUUACUCUGUCAGCCAAGAUUUGUUUUCAGAGCUUGAUGGAGGUAGGAGUCCUCUGUUGAGGUCCUCCUCAGACUUAGGUCUGCGCAUGAGUCACUACCAUGCCCAGGGCAACCACUAUAGUGAUGGAAGGUUAGAUGGAUUUAUGGAUUCAAGUAUGGACUCUCUUGAUGGUAUGCUAGUAAGUGGUCCUGAUUCUUCCUUUUAUCUUGAGGUACAAAGAAGUCCAAAUGCAUCUUCAGGCACACCUCCAUUACAAGAAGGACAAGGUCUCAGUCCUGCUGCAGUACCUCCUCCAGAAUUCAGCUUUUAUUCUCAUGAAAAUGAUAGAAUCAGAGAAGGUGAAACUGUAAACAAUAUCUCUGCAAAGUUUUCAAAUUUUACAGCAUCUCUUGGAAGUUGGUUUAGCCCCUUUGAUCCGUUCCGAAGUAACCUUACUGCUGCCCAAACCAAACCACACAGUACCUCUGGAACCUCCACUAUUGGAACUAGAUCAGAAACAAAGCCUAGAAAAGAAAAUAGUGGGUCCCAGCAGUGUAGUGCUAGCCAAGCAUCCACUUCUCAACCAACUAAAGCCAACAAGCCUUCUUAUUCUGAUGUAUUAAUAAAAAACCCAGUACAGGAAGGUAAACUAAGCACUGCUUCACCACCUUUAAACAGUAGAAGUAGUAGCAGUAACAGUAACAGCAGUGGUACUACUACUGCCUUCAACCACCAGAGCCCACAAUCUCCCUCACCAAGCCCUGCAGCCUCCCGUCCGGAACAGAAGACUCGUAGUAAUGUGACAAAAACUAGCAAACCUCGCAGCUCCAACAAUAACAUCAAUGGAAGCCUUGACCAAGGUCGUAGACAGGCAAGCAAGGCAGAGAAUCAUGUAUCUCAAGUUGGUUUGGAUGAGUUUGAGUUGGUAGAUGGAAGUAUGGGCAAUGGAUCUAUUAGUGCUUAUGAACACUAUGACUGGGGAGAGUUUCCCAGUAGCACCAUAACCACCACCACCACAUCAACUAUUCUUGGCAGUGGCUCAUCAGUUCUCAAGUCAUGUGCUGGCAGCCCCACUCACCAAGCUAAGAAGGUGUCAAUAAAGGGAGAUGUCAAGAAGAACACACCAGAGAAGAGCAGCAACAAUGUUUCCUUUGAGGGAGAGGCAGGGAAAGGGAAUGGUGAUCAGCUCAACAACAAAGUUUCCUCAUCUCACCAUAAGCAGCCACCUAAGCGAACGUCCUACAUCAAUAACAUUCUUAGUGCUAGCAAUUCCUCGUCUCCGUCUCCCACAUCUCCAGGGACAGGCCCUGGAGGCAGUGUUCCUUCAAACCCCACCACAAACAGUCCAAGUCGUAACUCUCCCAUCUCUUCCUUUGUCACCAACUCAAUCAACAACAACAACAACAAUAACAUUAACAACAGCAGCAAUAACAACAAUAACAACAACAACAGUAGCAGCAACAACAACAAUAACAAUAAUAAUAAUAACAGUAAUAAUAGCAAUGAAAGUGAGCGUAAUGAUGGCAAUAAAAUUAAAACUUCAUCAUUAUCUAAGGAAGACAAGAAAACACAAGAUACAUCAGGACCAGCUGCUGGUGCAGCAACGCGUGCAGGGGGGCGAGGAAAAGCUCCUGUUAAUAGCCGCAAUGUUAUCUCAAGUAGACGCAAUCAAAGACGGAGGAGAGAUGCAUCAUUUACACAUUCUGAGCUUAUAGCGCAGGGAUGGGCCAUGGCUGUGCAGUGGAUGGCGCUAGCCGUGCGUGUGAUGGUGUGGCUUGGUACCCUGACCGUGGACGUUGUGGUGAUGAGUUCCCGGCUCCUCUUGCAUCUCAUGGUAGUGACAUGGGCACGCCUAUUAGAGUACUGGACUGCUGCUGGACUGACCCUCCAAUAUUACUGGAUCAAACUCACUGGCCUAUUUUCCAAAAGGGAGAAAGAAGAGAAAAAAUUACCAGGAAGAGACAAGAAAUUGCCACGUGGUCUGGAUGUCAACAUAUCAUUGCCCACCACUGGUGAUGAGGCCAUGAAGCGUCUUUUGGCAUGUAAAGGAAAAGACCCAUACAGCAUCUUGGGCGUGACUCAAGAUUGUACUGAUGAAGAUAUAAAAAAGUAUUACAAACGGCAAGCAUUUCUUGUGCAUCCAGAUAAAAAUAAACAACCGGGGGCAGAAGAAGCCUUUAAGAUCUUGGCUCAUGCGUUUGAAAUAAUAGGGGAACCAGAACGGCGGAGAGAGUAUGAUGUUCGUUUGGCAGAAGAAGUGCAGUUGGAAGGAGCGUGGGGGGAACUUGCCUCACUUCUUACUCGGCUACAGGAAAAGCUGGAUGAGGCAGCCAACACAAUACGAUGCACUAACUGUAACAAGAGACAUAGGCGGGUCAAGCUCCCAAGACCAAUUUAUGCUGCUAGACACUGUGCUGAAUGUCAAAUACAUCAUGCAGCCAGAGAGGGAGAUAUUUGGGCUGAGAGUACAUUAUUGGGGUUACGUUGGAGGUACUAUGCCUGCAUGGAAGGUGCUGUUUAUGACAUAAGUGAAUGGGCUGCCUGCCAGAGUGAUAACCUGAAGCACCUGCAGGCUAACACCCACAGCGUACAGUAUCGCAUUGUCUCGGGGAAGAAAAAUCCUCCUUCCAAAAAUAAUACUCCAGAAUUUCCUAGUGAUCCAGACCUAGAGGAGUUUUUCAACAACUUGUGUAAGGAAAAGUUUGGGAAGAAUUAUGCAUCAGGGAGCAAUCCAGGUGGUGGUCAACAGAUGCCGGAUACACGCAAGAGAAAGGGAAAGAAGAAAAAGUGAUCCAAGAGUUGGCGGGGGGAGGGUCAGGGUAAGGGUUAGGGUAGUAGACAGCAUUACAUACUAUGAAAUCAAUUGUAAAGGAUUAUAAUUUUUUUCAGUUUAUGUAUUUAUUUUUUCCACUCAGGAGUGCAUAAAUAGCUUACUCCUCUUGAAAAAAGUUGCAUGACACUUGGGCAGCUGCAACUAGGGUUUGGUAGGUGAAUGGUAUUUUUUAAUAACCUGUUAAAGGUGUGCUUCAUGGCCUUAGUAGAGCAGUAAAAUUUGGCUUGACAAUUCCAAACUUUGCCUUUGAAAAAUUAAAUGUGCUUAUGUUUUGAAUGAGACAAAUGACAAAGGCUAGGAACACCACCACAGCAAAAUUUGGUUAAUGACAAAAAAAUAUAGGAAUCAAAAUCAAUACUGCAGGUCAGUAAGUUUUGAGAACAGUUGUGUACUGUUUUUCCAGGCUGGCUCAUGAGGAGCUGCUCUACUGGCCCUUUUGUUAGCAUUAAUUACCAGGGGCUUGUUUUAUUUUGUCAAGGUUUUUCAUCCUAUUAUUUUCCUGACAAAUUAAAUUGCUGUGCUACUUUAGAAACCGUAAAAUUAGUUAUGUACCUGGCAUAGGUAAUAUUUUUACCAUACUUUUAUGUAAACUAAACAAAUGAUUGUGGACAAAAUAAAAUGGACAGAUUCUUAAUUAUAGCUGUAUAUUACAUAUACAGGCAAUUUUAUUUGAAAAUUUUAUUCUUGAGUAUCACCCAUGACAUCAGUCAGCAAAAGAAUAGGCACAUUUAAAAGUUUUCAAGUUAUUCUAGAACUACUUAUUAGCUUUUCUUUUGGUACUAAUGCAGCAUUUGACGAUGGUGUCAGGAAACUGGUGAUAAUGUAAGGUUAAUAUGUUUAUGCAGAUUGUUAUGGGUGUUGCGUAGCAGCUUCCCAUUAAGGUAUUUUGUCCAGAAAUGCUAAUUGUGCUAUUUUUUGAGGUCUGUUGGGGUGAUGGUGGCCACACUAGUUUUAUAAUAAAUUGGUUUGUGCACCAAUUUUGUGUUACAAUCCAACUUUGAGACUGUGGUCGCAGUCCACAUUACUGUCAUACAAGGGGAGGCCUUUUAGCAAUGUGAUUUAUAUGCAUACUGUGUCCUAAAGGUGAAAUACCUUUUAAGCUUAAUUGAUCAUGCACAUAUUCUCUUAAUUCCAGAAUUCUUUCUUCUAUGUUAAAUAUACAAUAAAUCACAACAUUGUUGUCUCACUUGUAGUGAGCAAAUAAUGCAGCAUCUAGAACGUACAUAUAAUCUGCUGAAUAAUAUUUUCUGUUAAUAUAGAAACUGUAAUA